UUCCAAAGCUCAUCUAAGCCACAUCCGCGUACUGACGACGACUCACGACAUAAGCGCGUCGUCUUGCAAAUCGAACCGCGACUGCGCGCCGCACGUUUCUUCAAUUCAGUUCAGGGCUCCGUCUUGUGUGUGCAGUUUGGUGUGUAUUGUCUGUCGAGUAGCAAAGGUACAAUCUUUUUUUUUACGUGUUCUGUUUCUCUGCUUUCGUGUACUUGCUCGCUUUUCCUUGGGAUUUCCUUUCAAUUCAGCGGAGUUGUAUUCUGCGGCGAACUUGGCUGAUCUGGUUCUCAAAGUCGCGUUUGCGCCGGGGAGCAAUCUUGGGGCUACCCCGCGAAGAAGUGAUCUUGGUGCCGAGAAUCGAGAUUCAUUCUUUCGCUGGACUCGCCGUAGAUCGGGUCGGUUUUCGCAAGAGCUGCAUCUCCGUGGCCUUUUGGACGUGAAGAAGAAGGAGGUGGGCCCCUCUUAGAACUCGGAUCUACUAGACGAGGAGGUUUUUUUUUCUAGGGGGAAGGCAGAACCCUUCGCCGCGCUUUGUUGGACACGGAGAACGAACGGAGAUUGUUCCAUUGGUCACGCGUCACUGACUGGACCUGGAGUGUUGUGUAGUGUGUGGAGUUUGUGCUGUGCAGUCAAGCGGAAAGCAAUCUGCAACUUUUGGAUUUGCAAGCUUUGCCAGGAGAUAACUAACGGAGGUGGAUUGCAGUGAAUCAGUGUAGUUUUCUGCUGGGAUUGGUUAGAACGCAGCGAGGAGUGAAAUUUUGAGUGGUUGAGCAUUGACACGUAAUUUGAAGUGCUAAAUUGUGGCAAUUAGCGAAACAAAAAAAAAAAACCGUCACUAGAGGCAGGCAUCGUGCAGCAUCACCAGUAGCAGAAGCAAUCUAACACAAGAAAGAUAACAAACAACAUCGUAUAAAAUUGGAAGUAACCGGAAGCGUGAAUUUCAUUAGGCACCAACACCCCGUAACUGCCGCAGGAUGUCAUCCUGCGCUUGUCCGAUGUCCCCACCGGUGGGGGCAACCCUGGCGGCCCUCUGCGGUGGUUCCCAAUACAUGCUGUUCAUGGGACUGCUAGAGGUGUUCAUUCGAUCCCAGUGCGAUCUGGAAGAUCCCUGCGGCAGAAUGAAGAGCAAAACAUCGAGAAGCACGGACUACGAGUAUGAUUUCAUUGUCGUCGGCGGCGGGUCAGGAGGCUCGGUGGUGGCAUCACGUCUGUCUGAAAUCAAGAACUGGAAGGUGCUACUGAUAGAAGCAGGUCCGGACGAACCAACGGGAGCGCAAAUUCCAUCCAUGUUCCUCAACUACAUCGGCAGCGAUAUCGAUUGGAAGUUCAACACCGAACCGGAACAGUAUGGCUGCUUGGGAUCUCCGGAACAGCGCUGCUACUGGCCUCGCGGUAAAGUUCUCGGUGGAACAUCGGUAAUGAACGGUAUGAUGUACAUUCGUGGAAAUCAGGUCGACUACGAUGACUGGGAAGCUAUGGGUAACCCCGGAUGGAAGUGGAAGGAUGUUCUGCCGUACUUCAUGAAAUCGGAAGACAAUCAGCAAAUGAAUGACGUCGAUAAUAAAUUCCACACCACCGGAGGCAUGCUGCCAGUUUCCCGAUUCCCAUACAACCCACCAUUCUCGUACGCCGUUUUGAAGGGAGGCGAAGAGUUGGGAUAUGCAGUACAGGACUUGAAUGGUGCCAACUCUACUGGUUUCAUGAUUGCUCAAACCACCAGCAAAAACGGCAUCCGUUACAGUGCAUCCCGUGCUUAUCUGCGCCCAGCUGUCAACCGACCAAACCUGCACAUUUUGCUCAACACUACCGUAACCAAAGUGCUGGUUCAUCCAACAUCCAAAACUGCUCAUGGUGUCGAAAUUAUCGAUGAAGAUGGUCACAUGCGCAAGAUUCUAGUAAAGAAAGAAGUCAUCGUCAGCGGUGGUGCCGUGAACUCGCCACAAAUCCUUUUGCUCAGCGGUAUCGGACCUAAGGCUCACUUAGAGCAGGUUGGCGUUCGUCCGAUUCAUGACCUCCCCGGUGUUGGCCAUAACCUACACAACCAUGUGGCCUAUUUCAUCAAUUUCUACAUUAAUGAUUCUAACACGGCUCCUCUGAACUGGGCUACCGCUAUGGAGUAUCUACUGUUCAGAGAUGGUCUCAUGUCCGGUACUGGAGUGAGCGCAGUUACGGCCAAGAUUAGCACCAAGUACGCGGAACGCCCCGAUGAUCCGGAUCUGCAGUUCUACUUUGGUGGCUUCCUUGCGGACUGUGCCAAGACCGGUCAGGUGGGCGAACUGUUGAGUAAUGAUUCCCGAGCGAUUCAAAUCUUCCCGGCUGUUCUGCAUCCAAAGAGCCGCGGUUAUAUUGAACUCAAGACGAACAAUCCGCUGGACCAUCCCAAGAUUGUCGUCAACUAUCUGAAGGAAGAACAGGACGUUAAGGUGUUGGUGGAAGGUAUCAAGUUUGCGAUUCGCCUUGCCGAUACGGAUGCACUUCAAGCGUAUGGAAUGCAACUGGACAGGACUCCGAUCAAGGCUUGUCAAGACUUCGACUUUGGAUCACAGGAAUACUGGGAGUGUGCCGUUCGACAGAACACCGGUGCUGAGAAUCAUCAAGCUGGUUCGUGCAAGAUGGGACCCCUGCGGGAUCCGAUGGCCGUCGUUGAUCACGAGUUGCGAGUGCACGGGGUACGGAAUCUGAGAGUGAUCGAUGCUUCGGUAAUGCCAAAGGUUACGUCUGGCAAUACUAACGCUCCGAUUAUAAUGAUUGCCGAAAAGGGCGCUCACCUGAUCCGCAGGGCGUGGGGAGCUCGUUAAAAUUGCAGGACUUGAUAGUUCAGUAGCAUUUAAGACUCGGAAAUCGACGAUGUAACGUGACGUAGCAGUUCGGUGGCCACGUAGAAUACAAUCCCAGUUGCUUAAAAUAAAAACACCGAACUGCACGUUCUCUACCUCUUGUUCUGCCGUAAUGAAAUAGAACGCGUCAACCAGAUGUAGAUCAUUGUGACUUUCAACACACAUUGCAAGAGGAGAGUUCAAACAGCGACGCCCUUAAAUUAUAAAUCACCAUCCGUAAAAUAUAGCUAGUAGGAGAUUGGUUCGAUUUCUCCUUGGUCGAGAAAGAGAAUGCAGUUUACUUUACAAAACGCAGUAAUGAUAUUGAAAUGGUUCAAAUAUUCCACUAACGUUCGCUACUUACAAAGUCAUGCCAGCUUGUUUUGUGACUAGAGAUUGUAAGGUAUUAUUGUCAAUACCCUUGCACAACAAAUGAUCUAC